AUGCAGAUGGGCUUGGGGCUGAGGGUACUAGUGAGGGCUUUGACUAGGAGCCACAAAGCAGGAUUGGCCUAUUCUAGGACUUCUUUCUCCUUAUCCAGCUCUGUUUUUCCAGGUACAGCUCUUCCCCAAGUCAGCAGCCUAGAGGAGAAGGAGGGAGGCACAUCUGGUGUCCUGGCUGCCAGGUUUCAGGAAUCUGUGACGUUUGAAGAUGUGUCUGUGGAGUUCAGCCGGAAGGAGUGGAGACUUCUGGAUCCUGCCCAGAGGGCCCUGUACAGGAAUGUGAUGUUGGAGAACUAUGAGAACCUGAACUCCAUAGGGAUUCCCGUUUCCAAACUAGAUUUGCUCUUCCUGUUAAAGAGACAAGAUGUACGGAAUCAAGAGGGAGAAGCUGGGACAGGCACUUGUACAGAAGGAAAAAUAAGGCUUGAAGUGAAAGAGAUUACUGCAGAGCUAAGCCUUUCUAGGGAAGAAACUCAGAAGCAAAGAUCCAUAGGUGAUGGUGCCUGCAAUUCCACUUCGAGAGAAAACUUUGAUGUUCAUCAGAGAAUCCAUACUGGAGAGAAACCUUACAAAUGUAAUCAAUGUGGUAAAACAUUUGCACAGAGAGCUGCUCUUACUGUACAUCAGAGAAUCCACACUGGAGGGAAACCUUACAAAUGUAAUCAAUGUGGUAAAACAUUUGCACAGAGAGCUGUACUUCGAGUGCAUCAGAGAAUCCACACUGGAGAAAAACCUUAUAAAUGUAAUCAGUGUGGAAAGGCUUUUCCAUACAAGAUCAGUCUUACUGUACAUCAGAGAAUCCACACUGGAGAGAAACCUUAUGAAUGUAAUCAAUGUGGAAAGGCUUUUUCAUACAAGACCAGGCUUACUGUACACCAGAGAAUCCAUACUGGAGAGAAACCUUAUGAAUGUAAUCAGUGUGGAAAGGCUUUUUCAGUCAAGGCCAGGCUUACUGUACACCAGAAAAUCCACACUGUAGAGAAACCUUAUAAAUGUAAUCAAUGUGGAAAGGCUUUCAAACAAAAGUACCUUCUUAAUCUACAUCAAAGAAUCCAUACUGGAGAGAAACCUUAUGAAUGUAAUCAAUGUGGAAAGACAUUUAAAUCUAAAAAUGGUAUGGUUAACCAUCAGCGCAUCCACACUGGAGAGAAACCUUAUGAAUGUAAUCAAUGUGGAAAGACAUUUAAAUCUAAGAAUGGUAUGGUUACACAUCAGCACAUCCACACUGGAGAAAAACCUUAUGAAUGUGAUCAAUGCGGAAAGUCUUUUACAGCAAAGUCUGGUCUUACUGCACAUCAGAAAAUCCACACUGGAGAAAAACCUCAUGAAUGUAAUCAAUGUGGAAAGGCUUUUAUACAGAGGGCCAGGCUUACUGUACAUCAGAGAAUCCACACUGGAGAGAAACCUUAUGAAUGUUUUCAAUGUGGAAAAAGUUUCCAUGAGAAAGAGGUACUUCGGGUGCAUCAGAAAAUCCACAGUGGAGAGAAACCUUAUGAAUGUAAUCAGUGCGGAAAGGCUUUUUCUGACAAGGCCAGUUUCACUGUACAUCAGAGAAUCCAUACUGGAGAAAAACCUUAUGAAUGUAAUUAUUGUGGAAAGGCAUUCAGAUGUAAAAAGGGUAUGGUUAAACAUCAGCGCAUCCACACUGGAGAGAAACCUUAUGAAUGUGAUCAAUGUGGAAAGUCUUUUACACAUAAGUCUUCUCUUACUGUACAUCAUGGAAUCCACACUGGAGAGACUCCUUUUGAAUGUAAUCAAUGUGGAAAGGCUUUCAGAUGUAGGGUUGUUCUUAAUGUACAUCAGAGAAUCCAUACUGGAGAGAAACCUUAUGAAUGUAAUCAAUGUGGAAAGUCUUUUACACAUAAGUCUUCUCUCACUCUACAUCAGGGAAUCCACACUGGCGAGAAACCUUAUGAAUGUAAUCAAUGUGGAAAGGCUUUCAGACUUAGGGAAUUUCUCAAAAUACAUCAAAGAAUCCAUACUGGAGAGAAACCAUAUAAAUGUAAUCAGUGUGAAAAGGCUUUUAUAGACAGGUCCAGUCUUAAUGUACAUCAGAGAAUCCACACUGGAGAGAAACCUUAUGAAUGUAAUCAAUGUGGAAAGGCUUUUACACAGAAGUCUGGUCUUACUGUACAUCAGAGAAUUCAUACU